CAUAGAAGAAAGGCUGUAGAUAAAUGACAUAUGUGUUGCAUUAACUGUGAGCUCUCAAACCAUGACCAACCAACCAGGGCAGGAGGCAGGUUGAGGCUGUGGGAGGGACUGAUAAGUCGGCUACAUGUACUUGGAUUGAAGAGAGAGGAAGAGGGACGGAGAGAGAGAGAGAGAGAGACAGCGAGCGAGUGACCGACUGACCAAGCGACCACCGACCCAGUGAGAGAGUGAGUGAGAAAGACAGAGUGUGAGAGAGACGGAAGGUCCGUGUGAUGCACACGCAAGUAGAGGAAACAACUGUAAGAGAGGCCAAGACAUCUCCAGAAGUCUCCUAUCUUCCCUCGGAUCAAAUUUAUUCUUUGACAAACAGCCAUGAACAUCAAGGUCCUGGGAUUUCUAGCGGCCAUAUUAUCUGUUGGGAGACAAUCAUCCUGUGAUUGUCCAAUUAAUCAUCCACAGACCUCCAUCUGUGUAUCUCAAGUGGCCAUAAGAUGCAUAAUAACAAGUCCGAAGUUGACUUCACCAGAAAGAGACCUUUGGGGCAAUUUGGUUUAUUUCAAAGUCAGGCAACUAGUGAUCAUCAAAGGAGUCAAUCUCAUCCAAGAAGUUCAAGAAGUUUACACUGGGAGUAGACUUUCCUGUGGCUAUAACCCUGGAGACUAUUUUCAAAAUAGAGAAUUUUUGCUGUUUGGAAAGGUGCACAACAAAAACAGCAUCUUUCUCUAUCGAUGUUCCUUCCUGAAGCUCUGGAAAGAGUUGACUUGGUUCCAGCAAACUUCAAUAAUGGGCAACUACCAGUCAGGCUGUAACUGUGAGAUUUCUCUGUGCAUGAAAGGGAUGUGCUUUAACAGAACGGUCCCCCACGAGUGUCAGUUCACAGACGACGUCGUCCCUUGGACAGGACCAGGAAAGGAUCCCUAUUUCAGGCCACAAUAUGAAGGCAUGGUCUGCCGGAGGCAGUCCAAUGGCAGUUGCGGAUGGGACAGCAGGAUAACGCCGGUCCGGUCUUUUGAAUGGCGAUGAAUGAACAACAACAAAUGACAUUUACACAGCGCCUUUCACGUCGGGAGGACGUCCCAAGGUGCUGGAUCAGGCAUUUGGACCCGAGCUGAUGGUGAGUGGACGCCAGGGAGGAUGAGAGCGUGACCGAAGGUGCAGUCGAAGGGGGUCUCGAGACAGGUCUUGAAGAAGGCGAGUGAGACAAGGGGACUGCCCCCCCGGUUACCUCCCCUCUCUC